CUUUCGGUAACAAGCCAUACAAUGGAAUAGUUUUCCGACUGCAAAUAUCGAUUAUUCUCUCUCGCAUGUCUGUUGGAGAGCUUUCCACGGAAAAUAAUCGAUAAUUCUAUUCCCAGUACGAGCUUGUUUUCUUCGGAUGAAACACGAUAUAUUUUAUUCAAAAUAUAAUUCGCUCAAAAGGGAAGCACAUCACAACAGAUCAAUUUAAAGGCGCGUUUUUCGUUUUAUAGGGCUUCAGACGUUGUGAUAUGCGAGGAAGACAUGGAGGUAAGAAGUGACCAUGACAUCAUGAAGACUCAGGGGAUCAGUAAAGUGUCCCCGGCAUUCUACGAGCCGCCUCAAAGAAAAACCAGCGCGGAAAUCAUCAAUGAAGCUAGACUCGCCAUCAGAGAUUCUCAACAGAUAGGAGACAACAAUUUUGCACCACCCUCUAUAAAACCACUUCAAACUCAGAGACCUUACACGCCCAGGGAUAAGGAGAGACUUCUCUUUGGGAACAAGGUGAAAACCAAUCGACCUCCUAGCUCUUUCAGUCUUCGAUACCUUCAAAAUGAGACAGAACUACCCAACACUCCGCAAGACAACAUUUUAUUUCCCCCCAACAUGGUUACCUCGAAGACACUCAUAUCGCCUCCGAAAAGUUCGAAAAUUUCAAACAAGCUUCAACACCAGCGGUCCAACUCUUUGUCGGAAAUCAACGACACGAUUUUCAAUAUUUCGAUAAAAGAUCCGCUCCACAAAGUCAAGUUGCCAUCUUUGGAUCCCAAUCGACCGCUGCAGAAGAGGAAGAUCUUCAAAAAUACCACAUCUCUCGAUAACCUUCCUGAGGAAUCCGAGUGUCCUUCGGCACCCCAAAAAGUGGAGUCCAGAAACGCCUUCAGCUCCCCCCAAGAACGCACCGAUUUCACCGAAUCCAACUCUCUGUUCGGCAGACCUUCUAGCAAACAAAAAAACCUGUCGCAAUGCCUCUUGCUGGGACCGCAAAACCUGGAGAAAAUCUUCGACAACAAACACAUAGUCGAACACUCUCAAACGCUUUUCCUCAACACAGUAGAUGAUAAGAAAGACAGAACCUUCGAGGACGUGUUGACAGAUUUGAACAGCGAAAACGAAAAGAAUUUUGAUGAGGACAGGGUGGUAACGUUGUUGAACGAACUGUAUGAUUGCAUGGAAAAGGAGAGUUUGAACAACCAGAAAGCAUCCUCCAAGUUGAAGAUAAGAGUUUUGAAGUGCCUGUAUAAAUUCGUUGAAUCGCAAAACGAGUUGAUUUUGAUCAACAUUGCUAAGAUAAUUCUGUCACUAAAAGUGACGGGCAACAAUCUGAGUGGAGUUUGCAAGUUGAUUUUCAAAGUUGCUAAAAAUGACAAGAAUGACAAUUUGUUCUUCCAAAAAAAUUUGUUAGAGUUGUUUCUUGAUGCGCUGGGUAGAUCAAGCCCAAUGGACGAUGCAGAAGCGUGUGUCUAUGGUUAUGGUGCUGUGAAAUUUUUGACAAUGAAUCAAAAACUACUGGAUAAGAUUUUGGGUCUUGGGAUUCUACAACUCAUGGUUUUGCACAUCAAAUUGAUAAAUACAGCGAAAUUGGAGAAAACUUCAAUGCCUGAACAAACGAAUCAUGCAUUAUUCCAAUUGACCGGUGCUUUGAGAAAUUUAAUUUCCGAAGAACAUGUCUAUGACACCUUCAUAUCCUGUGGGGCUAUUGCACAACUUUGUCAAACCCUAGAAACAUUUGCUUUUGAUCCAGAUGUCAUUGCAAAUAUAUCCAGGACAUUAAGUAUAAUAUCAACCAAUGAAUGCUGUUGUGAUACAAUCGUCGAGUACAAAAACAUAUACGGGGUGUUCAUAGAUCUGUUUGACAAAUUCGCAGGCAAUGAAGAAGUGAUCGUACGUCUGACUUACACUUUGGGAAACAUUGUUGCAAAGAUCGACAAUACAAGAGUAAAGUUUUUCUACGAAAAAAAUGCUAUUGAUAGCCUUCUGAAGCUUUGGAAGGUAUACUUGGACAGAACACUUCAGAAUUGCUCAAUGAAGUUGGACGCAAAAGAAGAAUUCAGCAGUAAUUCCGAGGAUGUUAUGAUUAAGAUAAUAAGGGUUAUAGCAAAUAUGGUGAUAAAUCCAGAAGUGGGCAAGGCAUUGAAUGAGAAAUAUGGUACUCAGCUGAUUGAAGAAAUAAUCAAAGUUCUCAUCAGCAAUCCAUUCAAGAAAAAUGAAGAGUUAGUUCUGUCAAUACUCAGUACAUUGAACAAUUUAUCAUAUUAUUAUACUAGUGACAUGGAAAUAGACAUAUUUCACAUCAAACAGGUGGACAUUGUUGAGGCUAUCACAGAGUUUACCAAAUCAAAGAAUAAAGAGUGUGUUACUGAAACCAUGAGAAUAUUGGGUAAUUUGUCAAGAUCAAAAAUAACUAGGAAUUACAUUGCUGAAUCAGAGGUUUUUGAAAUAUUGAUGAACCUCCUGGAAAAAGCUGAUCCCACUCUAUUGAAAACAACAGUAGGAGUUUUUGUGAAUCUAAUGUCAGAUAACAGAUCCAGAACACUAUUCAAAACCAGUGGAGGAGUAGGAAAACUCAUAAAAGCAUUGAAAAACUCUUGUGAUAAUGACUGGAUGUUAUACAAUUUAGUCUGUCAAGUCUUAUGGAAUUACUGCAUAGACUCUGUGGAUUUACAUGAUCUAUUUUCUGAAAAAGAAAUUCACAAACUGUUAAUACUACUAGCUGAUUUGCUGGAUGAAGAGAAACUAUUUGGAAUUGAGGAACACACUGAUGAUAUGGAUGUGUAUGUCACUCAGGAAUACUUGAUAUGGGAAGAAUUUGCCAAUGUUGCCACAAACCUUUUGGAAAAAAUAGAGUAUUUUUUGGACACCUUUGACCAAAUAGUCAUUGAUAAUGAGAAAACAGAUACAAAUAAGAACACUAAAGAUUCCAGCACCAACCUUAGUUUCUCAGCUUGGUAGAAAUAUGAUCAACAAUUACUCACAAACUAUUAGAAUUUAUAAUUGUUGUUUUUUUAUAUUUUAUUAGUGUUAUUGUAUAAUAUUGAAGAUAUUUAUACUCAUCAUAUUAAAUGUAACAUAAAAAAUAUAUCUUAUUACCAUAAUAGAGCAACCCAUAGUCUU